UCCGCUCGUGUUCUUCACUUAAACGUUCCGACUCGAAAUAGGCUCCCCGCAAGCAUGGAUGUUUAGACGCAGCACAGCCUCACAGAUUAAUAUCACUUAUUUUAUACUUUUGUUUAAUAUACCUCACACCACUAUAACCUAAAUACCUCAGCUUGGAACGAAAUACGGGACCAUAUGAUUUUUCUUUGAGUUCUUUUUUGCACUCUAAGGUGUAUUAAAUCCACGUCUCGUCGGUCAUGUCCUUCCAUCAGGACCGUGGAGGUCCCAGAGCAGGAGCUCCUCCAGGCCAGCACGGCUCCACACAGGACUACAGACCCACCAACCUCAGGCCACCCCCUCCCCAGCCUCCAGCUCCUCCUUAUCAUUAUGAUCCACAGGCUCCACCUGGUUUCCAUGGAAACAGUGGCUACAUGCCCCCACACCCUGACUUUAUGCAGUACCCUCCUCCAUCACCGUCCCAGACUCACGCUUCUUUGAACCAGUGCCCCGUCCGCCCCCCGUUCCCAAAGCCCCCGCCAAACUUCCCACCCCCUCCGUUACCCAGUUCCUCAGCUGGUCCCGUUCCAGGAGCUCAGGUUCCUCCUCAGAACUCUUAUCAUCCCUACAUGAUGCCAUCAGUCCCCCCACCCCCGCUACUACACCCUCCCAUGCCUCCCCCCAUCGCCUCCCAGUCUUUGAGCUACCACGCACCCUACUCCAUGAGCUAUCCUCACCCCCCUUUCCCUCCUCCCACCUUCAACCCCGGCUACACCCAGAGCCCUGGCCCGAUUCAGCCGGACCACAGCAUCAGACACAGGGGACCAUACUCGUACGAGAAACCCGUGGACACCAGGAGAUCUCCAGAAAGAGGCUAUCGCCAUGACGACCACAGACAGAAAGCUUACAGCUACGGGGACAGACACAAGCCAGAGUUUCCCAUAGAGAGGAAGGAGCGUGGGAGAAGUCCAGACAGGCGGGGGAGGACGGAGGGAGGACGCUAUAAGUCUGAGUACGAGAGAGGACGGAGUCCCCCCAGACACCGGAGCAGGGACCGCAGCAGGGAGAGACACCGACACAGAGACGGUCUGAGGGCCCAGUCACCUGAUCGGUACAGGAAGAGACCUCGCAGUCGUUCAACAAGCAGAGACAGGAAACGUGGUCGGUGGGAGGAGGAGAAGGACCGGAGGUCGGAAAGCUCCUCGGGGCAGAGCAGAGAGCGGAGCUACUCCUCCGUCAGGAGUCGAGAUGCCGACGAGGCGUGUGGCGACCGGCAGCGGGAACGGGAGAAGGAGAAAGAGAAGGCUGAUGAAGAGAAGGAAGAGGAAGAGCUGCUGAAACCCGCCUGGAUCCGCUGCACCCACGCUGAGAACUUCUACUCCAACGACCCCAUGGACCAAGUGGGCGACUCCACCGUGGUCGGGACCAGUAAGCUACGCGACCUCUACGAGCGCUUUGAGGAGGAGCUGGGGCGGAGACAGGAACGAGCCAAGGAGGCCAGACCCAAAUGGGAGCCGCCCAAAACCAAACUGGACGAGGAUCCGGACGACAGCAGCAGCGAGUCCGACUGCGACUCAGACGGAGGGGGAAGCAGCUGCUCCAGCAGCUCCGACUCUGAGGUGUUUGAUGUCAUCGCUGAGAUCAAGAGGAAGAAAGCUCAUCCUGACCGGCUGCAUGAGGAGCUGUGGUACAACGACCCGGGGCAGAUGAAUGAUGGCCCCCUGUGUAAGUGCAGCGCCAAGGCCAGACGCACCGGGAUCCGCCACAGCAUCUACCCAGGAGAGGAGCCCGUGAGGCAGUGCCGUCCGAUGAACAACAACGCUGGGAAACUGUUCCACUACAGAAUCACCGUGUCUCCUCCCACCAACUUCCUGACGGACCGGCCGACGGUGAUCGAGUACGACGACCACGAGUACCUGUUUGAAGGCUUCUCUCUCUUCUCUCACACGCCCCUCACUAGCAUUCCAUUGUGCCGAGUGAUCCGCUUCAACAUAGAUUACACCAUUCACUUCAUAGAGGAGAUGGCGCCGGAGAACUACUGUGUCCGAGGGCUGGAGCUGUUCGCCGCCUACUUGUUCCAGGAUAUUCUGGAGCUGUACGACUGGAACCUGAAAGGUCCUGAGUUCGAUUCUGAGUCCUCCGGAUGCCAGCGGUUCCAUUUCAUGCCUCGAUUUGUCAGAUUCUUACCGGACGGUGGGAAGGAGGUGCUGUCCAUGCACCAGGUGCUGCUGUACCUGCUGCGCAGCAGCAAGGCCCUGGUCCCCGAGGAAGAGAUCGCCGACAUGCUGCAGUGGGAACAGCUGGACUGGCAGAAGUACGCUGAGGAGUGUAAGGGCAUGAUCGUCACCAACCCUGGCAUGAAACCCAGCUCGGUGCGAAUCGACCAGCUGGACAGGGAGCAGUUCAACGCAGACGUCAUCACCUUCCCCAUCAUCGUUCACUUCGGCAUCCGGCCGGCUCAGCUCAGCUACGCUGGAGACCCUCAGUACCAGAAGCUGUGGAAGAGUUACGUCAAACUGCGCCACCUGCUGGCAAACAGCCCAAAGGUCAAGCAGCUGGACAAGCAGAAGCUGACUCAGAGAGAGGAAGCUCUUCAGAAGAUCCGUCAGAAGAACACCAUGCGCCGUGAGGUGACUGUGGAGCUGAGCAGCCAGGGCUUCUGGAAAACCGGAAUCCGCUCAGACGUCUGUCAGCACGCCAUGAUGCUCCCCGUUCUCACCCAUCACAUCCGGUACCACCAGUGCCUGAUGCACCUGGACAAGCUCAUCGGCUACGUCUUCACAGACCGCUGCCUCCUUCAGCUUGCCAUGACUCACCCCAGUCACCACCUCAACUUCGGCAUGAAUCCUGAUCACGCUCGCAACUCGCUGUCCAACUGUGGCAUCCGUCAACCCAAAUACGGCGACAGGAAGGUUCACCAUAUGUACAUGAGGAAAAAAGGAAUCAACACGUUAAUUAACAUCAUGUCCCGACUUGGGCAGGACGACCCGUCUCCUUCCAGGAUCAAUCACAACGAGAGGCUGGAGUUCCUGGGUGAUGCUGUUGUCGAGUUCCUCACCAGCGUCCAUCUCUACUACCUUUUCCCCAGCCUGGAGGAGGGCGGCCUGGCCACCUACAGGACGGCCAUCGUCCAGAACCAGCACUUAGCCAUGCUCGCCAAGAAACUGGAGCUGGAUCGCUUCAUGCUCUACGCUCAUGGACCCGACCUGUGCCGGGAGUCGGACCUGCGACACGCCAUGGCCAACUGCUUCGAAGCUCUCAUCGGCGCUGUUUAUUUAGAAGGAGGUUUGGAUGAAGCUCGAGAGCUCUUUGGAAGACUGCUUUUCAACAGUGAGGAGCUGCGGGAAGUCUGGCUCAACUACCCACCACACCCCCUGCAGGUGCAGGAGCCUCAGACGGACCGGCAGCUGAUCGAAACAUCUCCAGUUCUUCAGCAGCUGACCAGCUUUGAGGACUCCAUCGGGGUCCUGUUCACCCACGUGCGCCUGCUGGCCCGAGCCUUCACCUUAAGGACCGUUGGAUUCAACCACCUCACCCUAGGCCACAACCAGAGGAUGGAGUUCCUGGGAGACUCCAUCAUGCAGCUCGUCGCCACCGAAUAUCUCUUCAUCCACUUUCCCGACCACCAUGAGGGACACCUAACUCUCCUCCGCAGCUCGUUGGUGAACAACCGAACCCAGGCCAAGGUGGCGGAGGAGUUGGGGAUGCAGGAGUUUGCCAUCACCAACGACAAAACCAAACGGCCCGUGGCGCUGAGGACCAAGACGCUGGCUGACCUGCUGGAGUCUUUCAUCGCCGCUCUCUACAUCGACAAAGAUCUGGAGUACGUUCACACCUUCAUGAACGUCUGCUUCUUCCCUCGGCUGAAGGAGUUCAUCCUGAACCAGGACUGGAACGACCCCAAGUCUCAGCUGCAGCAGUGCUGUUUGACCCUGAGAACGGAGGGCAAGGAGCCCGACAUCCCGCUGUACAAGACCUUGCAGACGGUGGGGCCCUCUCACGCCCGGACCUACACGGUGGCCGUGUAUUUCAAAGGGGAGCGGAUCGGCUGCGGAAAAGGCCCGAGCAUCCAGCAGGCUGAAAUGGGAGCUGCGAUGGAUGCGCUGGAAAAAUAUAACUUCCCACAGAUGGCUCAUCAGAAGCGCUUCAUCGAGCGGAAAUACAGGCAGGAGCUGAAGGAGAUGAGGCGGGAGCGGGAGCGCCAGGAGAAGGAUACGGACGAUGUGGAGGAGGACAGGAAGUGACCUGACCCGAGCCAAUCAGGAGGCGAGUUAGAACCUGGUUGUUAUUCAGCUGGAUUAUCUGUAAAGGCGCAUCUUUAAAGAAUUGGAUUAUAAAUGUGUAAUAAACGCUGCAGUUAAGCAUAAA